GUGAUUGGAGGAAAGGCCUGAUACAAUUGGACAGAGGACUGGAUUAUUAUUUUUCCAUAUGAUGAGAGGGGAUACUGGUUCGUGGAGUUAAGUUAUGAUGCUUCCACGGGCUUAGUAAUCUCUCAGCGUAUUUCUUCUUCUGGAUUGGAAUUGAUUAAUUGAUGCAUAUAUGGAUAAUAAAAUUAAUUACUUGUUAUGAGAUUGAAGUGCUUCAGGGAAUAUUUGCUUGUUAAUAGUUCGAAGAGGCUUUAUGGGUUCUGUUUGCUGUUGUUUGCGCGAUGAUUGUGAAGACUAUGUCAACCCCAAUAGUGCAGUUUAUAGAAAUUGUGUUUGCAUUCGCUGUUUUAUGCAGAACUGUUUGAGAAUGUACACAUCACUAUUUCAAAGAGGCGAAGAACAUGUCAUCUCUUCAUCGGCUCAAGGGACUGCUGGUUUGACUUCUCCUGCAUCAAAUGACAACUCUCUCAUAGAUAUGUACCGAUCACCUCCAAGGCCUCUUCCUUAUGAUGCUGAUCCUAGAUAUCUUCGUUUGCAAAGAGAAGGUUUGGUCUCAAGACGGGAGAAAGGCUCAAGCCAUGGACAUGAGGAAACUGAGCCACUUAGAAGUAAUAGUAUUACCAGCGAUGCAGACUCAGAUUCUUACACUUCAGGAGGAAAACGGAAUGACACUUUGCGUGAAGGACAAUAUAAAGAGUAUAAUUCAAAGGCUUCCUUAAAGCUCACUGUGCCAAAAGUCACGUCAGGAUACACACAUGUUUACUCUAGUUCCGAGGAUGAUGAAGUCUGCCCGACAUGUCUUGAAGAAUAUACUCCAGAAAACCCCAAGAUUGUUACAAACUGUUCCCACCAUUUCCACCUUGGUUGCAUAUAUGAGUGGAUGGAAAGAAGUGAAAGCUGUCCAGUUUGUGGCAAGGUGAUGGAAUUCGAGACAUGAUACUCGUCAUAAUUAACAUUCAACGUUUGGGCGAAACAGCUAGCAAUACUACGGAAAAGAAGGGGAAAUCUGAAUUUUAUAACCGGAGCUACAAGAUUGUUGAAGAUGUAGAGUUUUGAUUGAAUGAAUACUCAAGUGUGUGCCAUGUAAAUUUUUACUGUAAAGUUUAUAUUUGUCUGAAACUAUCACGAGUUUCCUUUUGUUUCAUUUGAACAGAGAAAAUAAUUACUGGAUAAUAUGUAAAAAACUAAAAGUGAUCUAUUUGUUUAUGCUAAUUGUGAAACAUGUUACAUUUCUCUC